AUUGAAAAUAUUUUUAUUACUGAGGAGCACGAGGUGUAGUAGCAUUAGAUUAGGAUGAUCAAAUUGAUAAAAGGACUUAUCGUCUUCAUCUUCUAGACCAACAUGGGAGUCUGGGCGCGACCUGUUUGCUGGCGGUGGACCCGUUUUCCGCUUUUGGCUACCUUUCUUGCCGUAAAGCUAAAUAUUUACAUUCUGGCGGAGCUGGGAGCUGGUGGGACCCUAUCUUCGGUCGUAGUAGAGUCAAAGAGCGUUCAUCCUCAUGUUAUGUGAACAAAGACAUCGGCUACAAAAGGGCUAUCGCAAGACUUGGUCAUCUCUUUCGUCUGUAUGAAAAGAGCUUCUGUCUCUUUCCGUCUACAAAAGAGCUGUCUCAAGAAGAAAGCAGUAAGAAUAGUAGAGUGAAGUCAAAUUGUCGUGAAGGAUCCCAAGUGGGAGGAGAAGCAGAGCACUAUUGUUCUGUAUCUGUAUCUUCAUCUGCGAGCUGUGUCUGAUCAUGACUUGGUGCUGUAGGGAAGCCUCUAUUUUCUAUCUAGCGCCGUUUGACGAGCUAACGCGCGUCAUUCAAGAACAACACUAUCGCACUAGAGGAGAAAUAAUGCGUUAAAAAAUACCGGGUCGCUUCUUCCGCUUCGUUUUAGUAGUCCGUUGUCCAAAGUCAAAAAUGCUCUGCUCAUCUAAAAACUACAACGCGGACUACAGCAAACGAGGAAGAAAAAAGCGAGGAGCUUUACAACCGCGACUGAAUCUUACCGAGAGCAUGCGGCUUCAAGGGCGUUAUGAGAGAUGCAACCAGAUGGUCAAAGAGUUAACCGAGCAGCUGGUCGGUCCCCUGUAUGAAUGGAUGAUAUUUUUUCUCCCCUCUAGAUCAGACCAUGAUCGAGGCUUACUUUCCGUCUUUAAGGGAAUACCACGUUUUUAGCGAGGGGAUGAAUGAAGGGAUAGCCGUGAUGGUCUGCCUAGAUGGAAUAGACGCCAUUCAUACCCUGGCCCCAGUAGUUGGAGCAGGUGCGCCCGUAGCCGCGUUUCUGAACCCAAGCUAUGGAACCCGCGGCUUUUCGUUUUGUCCAUGAUCCACUCCUACUAUUAUAGAUAUUCAUGAUAAUGAUACUAGUACUUAAUAUUAGAAAAAUGUCGUGCAAGAAUACAUAGUUUGAAAGUCUAACAAGAAAUACUAAUCAGCUGCUCCAUGAUAUUAUAUAUCGUUUCUUGAAAGAUGUACUGACAGCAAAAAGACUAGUUUUGUCGCUUCUGUGUCUUGAUUUUUGUUCUUCUGCAAACAGGUCGAUACUCAGACUAGAUAACUUCUUGAUACCACAAUUAGACUAAACUACCACGAUUAGGGUUAGGCGUCCUUAUUGUUAAGAUCAAAAAUACACAACUUUCAGUAGUAACUAAGUAGUACCAAGGUAAAGUAGAAGUAACUCUAAGUUUAGUACAUCAAGAAUACGCUUUCAGUAGGUGGAACUUCUUGGGUCACCUGACCUUCAUCAAAAAUACACUCUCGCUUUCAGUAGGGACUUCAACUAGGCCUGCCUCGAGUAGCUAACUGAAGUAACAGAGUCACUACGUUGCUCGCCUUUCAGUGUCUCGCUUAUUUUAAGUAGUUACUUGCUCCGUACUUCAAUUGAUGUUUAUCGAAGGAGUCUAUCUUCAGCUUGUUUCGUUUUUCUUCAUACAAGUGACCUGCAGAAGCUCUAGUUUAUUUAGUUAGUACGAUCUUCAUCCUUACACAUUCGUGUUCGUCUUUCAUACAAGUGACCUGCAAAAGCAGGCCUUCGUUCCUAUGUGCACGAGGACGGGCGCUCGGACUCGAUCGUUCUCGGAGGAGAUGGAUAAGUGGUGGCUGGCCUUGUUUUCAACUAUGGAUAAUUUUUUUAGUCCCCCAUCUACUUUAACAGACCAUGAUCGAGGCUUCCGCAUAGGCUCAGACUGUUUUUCUAAAGAUAAAAUUUCAAUCAAAUCAACAGUACCACUUCUCACUUCUAGGCUUCUGCUUUAUUGUUGAAGUCCGCUCUGUUUAGUCACCUCAAGUAGUGCGUACUGCUAUUAAAGGAAAAGGGGUUGUAGCCUCGAUGGUCUGCCUCUAGAGGGGAGAAAAAACGCCAUCCAUAUGAAGGGCAAUGUCCCUGCAGCAAAGAGGGGAGUGCGCUCCAGUACCACGACGCCUGCUGCAAUUAUUGGAGUUACGACCACGUCACUUCUCUAAGAAAGCUGAUGUGUUGAUUUUUUUGAUCUUUUUAUUCGACGUCAAACUUGGACUAUCAUUGUCGGGCGUGCUCCUGCUCGUGUGUAAUAUCAUUUGCGUUUUUACUACUAGAAGUCGUGUGUUGAUAUGUAUACGACUGGAUUUACCAAUGAGGAAUGUCCUACUACUAUUUGUGUACAACUACUCUUUCAUCUAUAUCUGUAUGUACUUUCUAUAUCUGUAUGUACUUUCAUUCUAUAUCUGUAUGUACUUUCUAUAUCUGUAUGUACUUUCUAUAUCUGCAUGUACUUUCUAUAUCUGGAUCAUGUAAAUUCUUUCGUACUAUUUCUGUUGCUGUUGCACUAGAUAAUACUUUCUAAGGGCUGUUUUUUUGUUGUCGUCGGAGCAGGAGAGGCCGCACGCUUUUAGUGCCUAUCCUUGGCAGGGUCGCCAGGAGAGCGAGGUCCUGCGUGCGACACGGCUCUUGCUAUGAGGUUUUUUCUCCCAACUGUUGCCAGACGAAGGCCAUCGAGGCUGCUGCCCCUUUUCCCCUUGAAAGUGCAUAGUACUUAGGUCAAAGGCUCCGAGCCUCGAUGGUCUGUUUACCCACCUAGAUGGAAGAGAAAAGACAAUGUUUUCACCAUUCAUGCUUGCCAACUAGUUGGGCAGCUCUCGCAGUGGCCGCGCGAACGCAUCGAUAUGCGAUUGACGGUCGUCGACGAUGGGAGUGGUACCAGGUUCAAGAACAAAUGAAGAGCGCGCCACAAUCGCAACAUUAAGGCAACCCUGAUUAGAUUAUUUACACUUUCAAAAACUUUUUUCACUUGGCCGCAACCCUGAUGAAUUAGUGCAGUGACAUAAUGAUACAUUGUUUAAUAUCUACUCAAAAUCAUGAAGAUGAAGAUACUAGUCACAAUAUAAUAUAAUUAAGGAGCCACUUAUUUCAACUUUUCCGACUUCGAAUGGUUGAAAAUGAAAACACUUUUUCCAGGAGUCAUACUGAUGAAUCAUGACGAAGCACUGUAGUAAUUCAUUGGAUUGAGUUAGCACUAAUGAGUUGAUACGCGAACAAACCUUGAACAAAUAAGCAAGUAAAUUUAAGAAUAAUACUCACUUGCUAAGUAUUUUAGAUAAUCGGUAUGCUCGUUUAUUUCGAAGUAGUUCCUUGCUUAUUUCAGUUUAUCGAGUAUUUCAAUCAAUCAAUCAAGCAGUCAGUCAAACAAUCAAGCAAGCAGCCAAUCAAUGUAGCAGCUCUAACCGCAGGCAGGUGGAAGGCGGGUUUCUGAGAAAUCGUGGCUUCAUUAUGCACUUUCGAACAUGCCAGUCGGAAGCGAUGCGAUGUUGUAUCCCACAGCGGAAAGCCUCUAGUAAGGCCGCACACCCUAUCUAGGAAGCAUCUUUGGGGAUUCAAUCAAUCUAGGAAGCAUCUUUUGCUCAGAGAUCAACAUCUGACACGAAGGGCGAGAAUGUAAGAGGUUCCAUGACACGACAUGACUCUAUUGCUAAUAUUGCUAUAGUCUCAGUCUGACGUGUUAGCUCGAGCUCUCCUUUCUUUUAGGGAGUAGAGCAGAAGACAGUUGGUUGCCAAAGAUGCGACUCUCUAGAUGGGAAUGCAGGUAAGCUCUAUCUCUGCGGGCGUUCAAGCAGACGCACAGAGAAGCCUCUCCUGUGGAUUAGCUCGCAAAUUGCCAAGCUGCUCAACACUGCAGAAAAAAAGGACUUAGUUGUACCAGAAGAAGAAGAUCAGGAAACUUCUGAUGUAGUCGCGCAAACCGCACCACGACGUGAAGGCGGACAUACAGCUGAAGGACAUACAACUGAAGAGACCGAACAAAUAAGGGUACUGGAGGCAAAAAUCGAAGAACUUGGGAACAAAGGCAAAAAUCGCGAUUUGGAGGAGGACCCGGAAGCUCUGCGAAACUUUGACUUGUUCAUGACCGCUUUUUGGGAAAAGUUGAAUCGUCUGGAGACUAUGGAAAAGGUGUUAAGGCUUGGGCUACAUCUUCAGACUGUAGUAAUUCUAAUUAGAAUUACAGUUACAGUUGCAUCCUCAACUAAAACUACUAUGCUAGCACGGUCUUCCGUAGUACCCGACAGAUUGUAUGUAGUAAUGAUCCCCAGGAGAUUGUUGUUGUGUUAGAUAUUACACCCCCAGCCGCAAUGCCAACUAUACUAGUACUGAUGCAUCACAGCAGCAUGAGUAUGUUAUUGGGCGGUCUACCCUAGUACCCGACGAAUCCCCAACAGACAGGGUGAGGGUGGUGAUAGUCGGGCGGUCUACUUCUCUACCCUACGAAUGGGUAGUACUUACCCUACUGCUAGUACUCCUUACUAGAACGGCAUCCCAGGAAUGGUUUUGUAUUGCCCCAGAUAGUAUCGCUGUAGAGCGAGGACUGUGUAGGAGUGAGACGCACUGGCGAUGAUCUUCUGCACGGAGACGCACUGAUGAUGUACUGCUGUAACAACUGCGUUGGCUCUAAAAAUGCAUGCGCGAGUAGCUAAAGUCCUCGACGAGGAGACCCACAAGACGCAAAAGCAGGAAUCGCAAAAUUAAGGCUUAAUACCGUUCAGCUCUACGAGUCGUUUCCCCCUGGUUCCUUCCUAGGAUCGGGAUAAAUGCAGGCAAGAAGUGAAUUGUUCUGAGCUCUAACAAGGUCCUGCGUUGAAAGGGGGCCACUUCAGUAGUAUUGCUUCGUCAACGCAACAUAGCACGACUGCGCUCAUGCUUACUGCGACUACGCAGGUCCCUGCCGUGUCUGAAGAAGAAGCGAUAAGUAAGAGGGCCUUUGUGCUGGAGUCACCUCCCCCCGUGUCUGGUAUUAACCAGGGGAGGACAAAUACAGCACGGGAGGUUUUCUCCGUGAAAGCGGUUCCGCUGAAAGCGCAGACCACUGCGAACGAGAUAGCCUUUCAGCGACCACGGUCGGAGGCUGAAGACCUUGUCAAGGUUAAGGCAGGCUCCCACUAAUUCAUUCAUCUUGAAGUUUGUAUCUUUAGCACGUUUUUGUUUUAUUUGAGGGGAGAAAAGGUCAAAGAUACACUUCAGGAGGAUGAAUGUUUGGAAGCUCUAACGAAGAGAUGCGUCCGGCAAGUCGCCGGUUCUUACCUCUAACCGACUUCGAGCGGGCUCUGUCAUUGAAAGCCCUUCGCUUGUUCGCGAAGUUCACGCGGUCGACGCAGUUGCGAGCGUUUCUCUUCGUCCACGCGGACGACGAGCAGGCGAUUGCGCACGAUGUCACCCAGGAAUUGCUCGCCGCGGUCCCAGGCACAAGGCACGUCCACGACCGCGAGGGCUCCAUGGCGCACACGAUCCUGCGCGCGUUUUUUAAGGCUUCUCACGUCUAAUCCAUCUUUUUGAAAGACAUCCUGAAGAGUCUGCUCCCCAAGGGGAAAGGGCACACUCCGGGGUGCGCUAUCUUGAGAUGGAAGAUUAGUGCGAGCUCUAAGCUUUCCUACCGGAUUGCGGACGUAGCCGCUUGCGUCGAGCUUCUUUGGGCGCACGUGCAGCCCCAUGCACUGCCAGGCCUCAAAGCUGCAAACUUCAUCACCCGCGAAGGAGGAGGAGACGAGAAUGCUCAGCAGCAUAGUUAUGGCGCUCACCGACUAAGAGCAUCAUCGAGUUCCCUGAUCCUCGGCAUAAAAGUUAUGCUUAUUCAGUAAGUAUUUAUUAGCAUCUACUUACGAUUAUGUUGGUCAGUGGUCUCUACCUACUCCAGACCUAUGAAUGAGCCGGAUUCGAAAUUCCAGGGGCUGCUCUCUCGCCGCCAUGACCGUGAUCAAGGCCGCUCCUUGUCUUGCUCACUCACUGGCCCCGCGUAUGGUCGUUGCGUGAACUCUAUGACUUAUUGAAUGGCUAGCACACCUCCUCCGUUCAUUAUCUUAGUGCGCUUACUGCUCAUGAAUUCACAUCGUGGGGGUAUAGAUGAUAUGGGCCAACAAUGGCGCAGCCAAUGACUGCGCCGCCAUGCACAUAAAUGGCUGCGAGCAGUUAUUAGCAUGAUCCCCCCAGGUCAGUAGCUACCUACGCCGUGACUUUUCGUGAUAUGCCACGACAUAUGCCCCAUGUCGGUACCAGCUCACGGCCUUAAACAGUCAGAGGCCACUCCGCGCCUCCGUUCUUGUCGUCUCUCUCUCUGUUCCAUUGCAUCAGCAUCAGCUCCAUGCGCUCGCGAGGGCUACGGAGUGCGCCCGGACGUGUUCGGGCGUUCCAACAGAUUAGGCCCCUGGGGCCAUCAUGGUAGUGCAGCUAAUAAAUUGAUGCUUCAUCUACUGCUUCCAACUAUCAAAAGCUCGCAGUCUUACUGUAGUAAAAUUAAUGGGCUCAGCCUAUUGUCUUAGGUAUCGUGGCCGCCUCUUCUAGUAGGGGCGUGGAGCUUUUUGUUCCUCUUCAGUCAUGAGGCCAAGGCGUUCGCUUGCAAUUCUCGUUAUGAGUCUCGUCUUUCUUCUGGAUUCCUUCUCACGUCAGUUGUAGUGCCCUUAUUUUGUCUCAACACACGCAAAAUAGUAAAUGAAGGACUCACCACGCAGCUCGUCUUCUAACAGACAGUGAAGGAUGAGCUGAACUACGAGGGUAAGAAGCACACGAGAAGUAAAGACUUGGUGGAGUUUCACAGGAGACGCGCAGAACUCCUUUUCAGCGAGAACUUGGGUUAAGGGUUGGAAGUUGGCCUCUCUAUAAGCAUCCGCAUCAUGGCUUCUCCAAGUAAGAAAGCCAUAGAUAUGCGAGCUAGAGUGGUCGACUUUCGGUCCCUAAUUUGGGAGAGGUAAAGGCCACCGCAGCAGAGGUCGUCGCCGUGCGCGUUCGUAUGUUGGACCCCUACCAGCCGAUUUGAUAAGAAAAACUCUGGAGUUUUCAGGCGGAAAGAGAUACAACUACUAAGGCCUCACUUAAACUUAGUCCAUCUUGUAGCGUAUGUGUAAAAAGCUUUCAAGGCCUCCCUUAAUCCAUCUUGUUUUAGGUAGCAGGUCAUCUUUUGAAGGCUGUUUUCAAGUAGAAAAAUGGACGGAGGUUAUGGGGCAUUAGAAUGUGGAAGUUCUAAAACUACACAGCUGCGCGCAUCGGUUCACGCACUAGUUAUACCGCGAAUAGGCGGAAGAGCUUGCUUUUCAUUGGUGCGAGCAGUAUGGAUGAAGAUGUUUUUUCUUUCAUUUGACAGCCCAUCGAGGCUGCCCCGUUUCGUCCCCUUGCAAGUGUAUAGCUUCUUAAAGGGGAGCGGCCUCGAUGUUAGAAAGGGGGGCCUGCUCGAUGGUCUGCAUCUAGAGGGGAGAAGGAACGUCAUUCAUGAGCAGCUUUGCGGAGGGACGUGACGUGGAUUACUGUUCUCAGUAUCAAAACAUCUUACUUGUGGAGCCAUUGCCUGACGCCUUCCGCCGUUUGGAGCAGCAUAUUGGAGUUUAUCAAAGAAUUAGGAAAGGAUUCCUUUCAAAGGAAAAAAUGUACUGGCACUCAUCCUCAAGAGCACAGGUAUUGAUGUUCCCUGAGUGGGAAGCAGCCUCUGUUCUUGAGUAUGAGUACACUUUUUCCUCUCAUAAGAAUCUUUGGGCAGUCGUGUCGUCUGCGCGCGGUCUGGGCCGCGGUCACGGAUUUGCCCUCGUCCUCUGA